GAUAUUGAGUUGUCAGUUUCCAACCACUCCUCAGUUGGUGUUACUGUAUAAUUAAAAUGGAAGAAAAUGUUUUGAAUGAAGUAAGGAAGCUCGUACCUCAGAACAUCACACACCUUCUUCCAGCAGAAGAUUUGGACUCUGCUGUGUUAUUUUUACUACAGUAUUCUCAAGAUAGAAUGACGAAAGAUGGCAACUAUGCAGAAGCAUUGAAAGCUGUGGAGGCAGUACUGGAAAUCACUUGGGAAGAACUAAAUACUGGGCACUGGAGUAAGGUCCCGCCUGCUCCUCGGCAGCUGUACACAGCUGCUGCCAUUAUAAAGAUUGAUAUUUUACUUAGGAAUUAUCAACAUGAGCAUGGAAACAAGGUUGAGUUACUGAAAUCAGCAGUAAAGACUGCUGACCUUGGAAUUCUGCUGGGAGCUGUCUUGUCUAAUGGGGAUUGUUCUAUGACUCGAAUUGCUUCCUUAUUAUCUCAUGCCCUGUCAACCAUCUCUUCAGGGUCAGUACCACAACAAGAAGCAUCACAGUCAUCAAAUGACACACAGCACAGUUCACUUACGAUAGAGAGUAUACCAGGGGUCAAAGGUCAUACAAUAAAAUCAUUGGAGAAACCAUCACUGGAACAAUUUAGAGCUGCUCAUUUUGGUACUCGUAUUCCAGUAAAACUCACUGGUUGUAUGUCUCACUGGCCAGCACUACUUCUCUGGAAAGAUUUAAACUAUUUGAGGAAAGUAGCUGGAGCCCGCACAGUGCCUAUAGAGCUUGGAGCCCAUUAUGUACACCCUACAUGGUCACAGAAAUUGAUGACAGUCGGGGAGUUCAUUGCAGCCCAUAUUGUGAAACAGAUGGGAGAAAACACCCCGAUUGGUUACUUGGCACAGCAUCCCCUACUUGAACAGGUUCCAGAGCUCAUGUCAGAUAUUUGUGAGCCAGAGUAUUGUUGUCUAAGUGACAACUUGGAUGAAGGUGUGGCAGUUGAUGAAACAGACAUCAAUGCUUGGUUUGGUCCUAAGGGCACAGUAUCACCCCUCCACCAUGACCCCAAACAUAACCUUCUGGCUCAAGUUGUUGGUGAGAAGCGCAUUCUCUUGUACCAUCCAGAUGAAACAGGGAAGCUGUAUCCACAUGAGGGUUCAUUGCUUAAUAAUACAGCUCAAGUUAACCCUGAAGAGCCUGAUUAUGGUACAUUUCCAAACUAUGAGAAUGCUGUCGCUUGGGAGUGUCAUCUGAAACAGGGAGAAAUAUUGUACAUUCCUCCCAAAUGGUGGCACCAUGUCAGGUCACUUAGCACAAGUUUUUCUGUCAGCUUCUGGUGGACAUGAACAUGUGUAUGUGAAGAAUUGUGUACAGAAAUUGUAUUUUAGGUUGUAAUCCUAAGGACUGGAGCAGCAAAUAUUUGUGUAGUGUCAUUAAAAUUCACAAGGUAUAGUAGUCCUCAACAGUAACAGUGUAACUUUGAAAAUGGUAAGAAAUACUGUAUAACAAUAUCUCUGUCAUGCAGGGUCUCUGAAAAGUUGUACUAUAUCCUGUUUUUAUAAAGAUCCAUUUUUACUAUUAUCCUGUCAUGUCACAUUUGGUCUUUCCCUUCAGAUUUUGAUUAAAAUCAUGUGCCUUGCUCAUGUGUGCUCCCUGCCCCAUUUCAUCCUCCUUGAUGUAAUCAUCCUAAUAUUAUUAGGAGAAAAAUAAAAAUUAUGGACAUUCUUA